ACAAAUUCCUUGUGUGUAAUAUACUUGGCCAAUAAAGGUAAUUAUCCUUAUCAAAUUUAACCUUUUCCUCUUUUUUCGUUAAUAUGUAGAACACAUGAACUGCCAGCUGCUCCAAGAAAGUACUGGGGGUUGGAUGGGGAGGUUGGCGGUAACACAGCCAACUCGAACAAAUCUCCUCAGUGCUCCGGCAACUCUCCUCAGCGCUCUAGCCUCAACUCCAGCUAUUCUCCUUUGCAUUCCAGCACAGACUAUGGCAACUCUCCUCAGCACUCGAACGAUUCUCGCCAGAACUUUAGCAGCAACCCUGGCUGUUCUUCUCAUCACUCCAUGGGCCGCUUUGGUGGGUCCUCUCAGCAGUCUGGAAGCAGCACUAGGGGCAGGUGUGGCUCUCCUCAGCAGUCCAGAAGCAAUACAAGGGGUGAUAACUUCAGAACUCUUCUUGGAGCUCCCUCUGGUGUCUGCUCUAUUUUACAGAAUCUCCUGACCAAACAGGAGAUCAUUCUUGACCAGUUAAGAACAAUCAUCCUAACCUUGCAAGGCACUGGAGGCCUUAGACAUACCACAGAUGUUGAUGUUCUCGAACCGGAAACUCUUCCUCUUCACAAUCUGGAGUCGCUGUUAGACCUUGAAGCACGGCUCAGGUCAGGUUCUGACCUAAAGCAAAAGUUGUUUUUGUCUGAUGGCUCUCCCAAAAUGGACAGGGGAAGCCAACCCUGGUCCCCAAGAGCUGCAGCCCUGCUUGUUUUCCAACUAUCAGUAAUUAAGAGAUAUCUGAAGACACCUUGGGACAGGAUCAGGAAAAUCAGUGGGAAGGCUGCAUUCCACCGAAUGGUGUUAAAGGAUGUUAUAACAAGUGCAGUAAGACAGAACAGAUUGACUAGCACGGCAAGCAACAUGGAGGUUGAGGUUGCCAUAAAACGGUGGUUGCAUCUUGCCUCUGACCGUGAUGGAGGGAGGAAAGCUCGUGAUGGUCGAGCUGGUGUUGCUGCACACAGUCACCAAUUUUGACGGAUGUUAUGCUAUACCCAACGACUUCUGCUUUAUCACCUUCAUUUCACACAGACACGAAAUCUUGUUGGCUGAACUGUUCAUUGUUUUAAAUUUACCACACCUGUUUGUUUGUCCAA